GCUACCAGCAGUUUCCCGUGUAUUUUAAUUGAGUUGGCGUUAAGAAGAGAUAUUUCGACUUAUCAACAAUGGCAGUUUUAGUGAAAACAUGUUGCUGCGGUUGCAAUUUACGCAUUGGCACUCUGCUUAUUGGAAUCUUCGGUCUGAUCCUCCAAGCAAUCGUAAUUAGUAACAAAAGUCAAGCUCUCAUGAAAUACAACCAAGCUAACAUCGACUGGGACAAUUACGAAGGAUAUCUCCCUGUAGACAAGAAGCACAUCCCAGCGAUCGUCAUAUUGGCCUAUGUAACCCUGGCUUUCAAAGUGAUUUCAUUGCUGUGCAACGUGUCAUUGUUGGUAUCCACUGGCACGAAAAACCUUUAUUUGGCUGUGGUGUGGCUGGUGUGGAGCAUUCUUGAUUUUGCAUGCUCUGUUGUAGUGACAGGUUUCCUUCUGUCUAUCUACCUUGUGUUCCAAUACGAGACUAUUGUGGUAAUCCUUUGGUGGGUGCUAUCGAUCUAUUUCAUGAUUGUGGUUCAUUCGUAUAUAGAGGCUCUCCGUGAGGAUCCAUCUGGGACUAGCGCAGGGUUUCCUACAGCACCAGUGUACCAGACUCAAAUGGUUGGUUUGGGAUAUCUUCGCCCAUGCGCACCACCAACCAAGACCCCUGUGACGUCAUACAUUGGCGUAGGAUAUCCUUCCGCAUGCGCAGUACCGGACAAGAAUACCAUGACGCCACAGGCUGGCUAUGUGUACCCUCCUCCAUAUCCAGUACCAGCCAAGACAGCUGUGACGUCAUACACUGACGUAGGAUACCCUCCUCAUCAUCCAAUGAGUGGUAAGAUUGCUCUGUCGUCAUACGAUGACGCUGGAUAUCUUCCUUCACACGCAGCACAGGGCAGAAAUACCAUGACGUCACAAGAUGGCGCCGGGUAUACUCCCACUUACACAGAUCCAGGCAUGACAGCUGUGACGUCACAGGAUGGGAAUUCUUUUCAAGAAACAGUACCCGCCAAAGCUAUUGUGACGUACGUAGGCUCUGAGUGACGUCAUGAUAGGCUGUUAAUAGGGAACUUACGAAUCGAUGACUUCUUUCUCGACGACGACUUUACAUGACGUCAUCGACUUCGUCGUCGCUGUUUACCAUUGCGCGCCAAAUUUAACUUAAGAGCUGCGGACGUCGACGCAGAGAUUUCCCGCCAAAUAUAAGUCGCAGACUGACCUUUUUUUUGUUUAGAUAGUUAUAAUAAAUAAUAAUAAUAAUUAUGGCAUUUACAUAGCGCCAUAUACACUAACUGCUCUUUGGCGCUUCACAAUUCUACAAUUAAUUAUAAAUAAUAUUUCUUAAAAAGAAAAGUCUUUAAUUUACAUUUAAAAAGAGUAAUCGAUCCGCUAUUCCUUAUAUCAAGGGGUAGUGCAUUCCAUAGUUUUAUUAACGUGUUGAUUAAAAUGCCGAACUUCAGAGAAAACAGAGACUAUAUCGCAUAUGCCUACAGAAAAGGAUUUACCACCGACAGGCAGUUUAUUUUGCUGUAUGAUGCCAAUACUUCAAAAAACCCGGACUUUCGGUACGAGAAGUAUGAUCGAUUCGAUUUAGACGAGCUGGGAAAUGACCAGUAGAAAGUUGAAUUCCGAUUUUACAAAAUGACAUUCAUGAUUUUUGGGCUUGCUGAUUUUCUUCAGUUACCGGAGAGAUUGUAUCUUACAACGGCCUAGUAGUUGGAUCGAUUCCUUGACAAAAUCUUUCAGUAUAUCUGAUUGAAUCUUCGCAUCGCUUGCAUGUUUUGCAUCUUGUGACUAGUCGAAACCGUUUAAAGAACAUUUGAUUACUAUUCAAAACUGAUUUAGAGCGAAUGAAUGGAUAAAUACUUAAAACUUUUGAAUGAAGAAGACUAGUUUCUUUCACAGUUUAUCUCUCUUGGUAUCUGAAUUGACCUUAAAACGCCAAUUUCCUUUUUUAUUUAUUCCCUCGUUGUGCUUUUGAAGGGCUUGGGUCAUUGUUUUCGCCGUUUGACCUCUUUCUAUUUUGAUAAACAAGAACUAUGACGGAAAUAACCGCUUCGCGGUUAGCUCAAUGGAUAGAGCGCUGGACU